CAUGUUCAGUACGCUGCCUAGAAGUUAGUUCUCUUCUCAUCCCCUUGGCAUCUAUCCCUGCACUUAAUAGUCCGCUUCUUCCUUGCGAGCUGCCCUCUUCUAACAAAAUCAGGCACGUUACCGAUGUCCAGAAGUUCAUCAUCGUAUAAUUCCGCGCUUGGUGUUGCCUUCAAUAACCGAGAGUGGAUAGCAUAUCCAGGCUCCAGCACGAGUAAAUUUUACGGAAGUCUGCCUGGCAUGAGAAGAGAAAGAGAGGGGAAGCAAGCACUGCUGGUUCCCAGCCUGUCAAAAAAUGUCUCCUCACAAAUUCCAUUCCGCCUUUACAAACAACCUUCUCGUGAAUCGCUAGAGCCCGUGCUGUCUGAGUGCUCUUGCGCUGUCACAAUUCUCUCCCCUGAUUGUCAAGCCAGGGUGUCAGAUUCACGUGUUAUCGGGUUUUUGGAACUUGCAUCCAACAACAGUCUGAAGACAAAAGGUGAAGAGAGGAGGACCAAAAAAGGUAAAAGAGAUCAUGGCACCCGCUUCGACAUUGCCGAAAUAUUGGCGGCCAUUCAUGACUAUUUCCAGAUCAAAGCCUCGUUUCCUCAGCGAGUCUCAGGGGUAUGUUAUCAAGGCUACCCUGCAAUCACGGCCUCGACGAGAAGGACUAAACCCGAGUCAGAUCAUCGUUCGCGUCAGACAUUGCGUUAG